GUCGUCUCGUCGUAUAAAACCCAACUGAUGUCAUGGUGAUGCCACAAGAAAAUCACUGCAACUACUACUAGUAACCUCCAUACGGAUGCUGGGUGAUGUUAUUAUUGACGUCUCCCAUCGCCUCACUAGUAUCUGUCGGAUUUGCUUUCCAGCGAUAGCAUCACUACUUCUAUUUGAGGACGACCACAACUGCUGUACAGAGUAGCUGCAUCUUGAUUACAAGCAGCGCAGCUGAGUCACCACAAUUUCCCUUUUCACACGGUUACUGUGCUGCGGUGCGGAGAAGCUGGAAGCGAGCUCUACUUUACUGUGUACACAGACAGGGCCCCGUGAAGCAGCUUCCACGAGAUACAUACCGACCUCUGCAAGCCUACGAGUUUAUCAUUAAUCAGACCUAUUUUGUCCCUCCUCUGUUCUCCCCUAUCACCACCUCCACUAGAAAAGGAACAAAAAGAAUAACCCCGCCAAAAUGAAGAUCCUCACCAAAGACCAAGAACAAGAACACUACAACCAGACCCUCAAGGGCGGCACCAUUGGCGGCAUAUUAGGUCUGGCCGUCGGCACUGCAGGCGUCCUUCUGGCCCAACGUCGCUACCAUUUCUUCCGCAACCUGACCCUCCCACUCAAAGCCUUCCUGAUCACCUCCGCGGGCACCUUCGCCGGCAUCGUCAAUGCCGACCACUACUCGCGCGCCUACGAAAGCUCGACCAAUCCGAUCGAUGUUGAGUACCAGCAGCGCCAGAGCGACCGGGAACAGGCCGAGAAGGCGAACAAGACCUUCACAGAACGAGCCAUGGACUUUGGCCGGAAAGAGCGGUACAAGAUCGUGGGCGGGUCCUGGAUCGCCAGUAUGGCCGCCGCCUUCGCCCUGGUCAACCGAAACAAGUAUCUCACAGGCCAGCAGAAGAUCGUGCAGGCCCGUGUGUACGCGCAAUUUUUGACCUUGGGCGUGCUCGUGGCGACCGCGGCGUUUGAAAUCUCCGACAGCAGGAAUCAAAAGGGACGCUACGAGACGGUGCGGUACAUUGAUCCCAACGACCCGGAGCACAAGCGCAUGCUGGAAAAGACGGUCGAGCGCGAGGCCGGUAGCCAGGGCGGCAGCGGCUCAGGCGACGAGGAUAUGUGGAAGGAAAUGGUCGCCGCCGAGGAGCAGAGGAUGAAGGAACGUGAGGAAAGGCACAAGGAGUACGCCCGCGAGCACCAGAAGAAGCAGAAGAAGAAGCAGCCUGCCAAAGACGAGGGAGACGACAAGAAAGACGACAAGAAGGAUGAUGGAGACGAGAAAAAGGAGAAAAAAUAAACCUGGCACCUCACCUGGCACCUUUCGAGACUUCGACCAAGGCUGCUCAUAAUUCACCCGGGGUUUAUAUGGCCAAUGGCUCGGUCUGCUGGCUACCUAUUGACCUUCUUCUCCAGAGACCACCUGCUUUCGAAUGCCCAAAUGUAGGACGACCGACAGGAACACAAUGAGAAAGCAUCGUUGACCCUCACACUGCACAUUGAACUACUUCUGCUGCCCCGAAGCGUUGUAUAACACUGAUCAAGGAACCCCUGGUGGUAGCGGCCUCCCGAUAUCAUUGUCCGGAUCAUUCUCCUAUUGGGUUCAAGAAAGGCGUUUCGAGGCUUUCGAGGUUGGUUUUGUGUCUGUGGAAAAAGAAUGUCCAUUACCUCUCUGAACAAGAGGGUUUCGUAAUUUUGCUAGAGUAGCUGAGCUCGUGUAUAGUCAGUCUUGUCACGACCGAACACGAACAACAUGAUGCGAAAACAAGUUAUACACAUCGACGCCUCAUGCGUGAGCCUGAAUCAAUGCAAAUCUAGCCGCG